AUGGGGCAGGCGCAGCAAACAGAGAGCAUUGAGCAGAUAGACAUUAAAAUCAUUCAGGAUAUGUACAAAAAGUUUGUUUUGGAAUGCCCGAGUGGAUUACUUUUUUUGCAUGAGUUUAAGCGUUUCUUUGGUGUGGAUGCUACAGGAGAAGCUUCUGAUUAUGCAGAGAACAUGUUUCGAGCGUUUGAUAAAAAUGGGGACAAUACAAUUGAUUUCCUUGAGUUUGUGGCAGCACUAAAUCUUGUUUUCCGUGGAGACCUGGAGCACAAACUGCGCUGGUCAUUCAAGGUGUAUGACAAAGAUGGAAAUGGAUACGUGGACAGGAACGAACUUCGGUCAAUAAUCGAUAGCAUCUAUCGGAUCAAGAAAAUCUCCAAGGACAACACAAGCGAUUCCUAUCUUACUGUCGAUGAGGUUGUUGAUCGAAUAUUAGCAGCUGUUGAUACUGAUGGGGAUGGUACUGUGAGCAUGGAAGAAUUCAUUAGAGGUGCACAGCAGGACCCCUGGCUGCUUAAUAUUUUAAAGCUGGACAUGAACCCUGCCAGAUGGGUGAUGGACCAAAGGAGAAAGAGUGCACAUUUCUGAACUGUCAAAGCACCUCAGCUUUUCCCAGAGAGAACAAUCUUGACUAUUAUCAAGGGUCCUUGUUUAUGAAAUGGAAUUAGAUUCACUUUUGGUCUUACUGUAAUGUAGAAAAUAUCUUUUCUCUAAGCAAUCUCUA